AUGACGAACGCGGAAAAACAUCACGCACGCGCUCGGCCGAUCUCCGCGUGCUUGCGAUGCCGCAAGGGUAAAGUUCGCUGCGACAGGACCAAACCUCAAUGCGAGCGCUGUAGCCGCGUGGGGGUACAGUGUUUGUACUCUCCACCCGAUGAGCCCCAAGACAUCCAGCAUGAUGGCAGGGAUGGACACGAUGAUUCGAGCUCUAUGCGUGACAUUGGCAAUCAGAAAGCCCCCAACCAGGAGCACGGAGAGGAGAACACCGCCCCUGCGGUGGGGGAGCGGCCUCUCGACCACCUGGACGCCCCGCUCAGUCGAAAUCGCCCCAUCAUAUCAUGCGUGCGCUGCCGAAAACAUAAAGUACGCUGUGACAGAAACGUUCCGUGCAGUCGCUGUGCAAGACUCAAGAAGGGCUCGGAAUGUAUCUACCUCCAUGGGAAUGGAGCUAGUUCCAGUUCGACCCUGGCCGAUAGUACAAAGGAUAUUGCCGUGACUUACGAGGACAAGCAGUGGAAUCAGCGGUUCCGAACCCGGGCGCACUGGGGUACGCUCCACCGUGAGAUUCAAGAGUAUCUGGUGACCGGCGGAAGACGACCAUUCCUGCACGACUUCCACCCUGGGGAAUCUCGCCCGUGUAUAUCUCUCUCCAUCAACUAUCCUUUUUGCAAUGGCCCAGGCAAUAGCAAAUCCACCGAAUCCAUUCUCCGUGGGCUACCCCCAGAGUCGAUGCAGCGGGAGCUAGUCUCACUUUAUAUGGAAACUGUGGAGGAAGGGUUUCAUUUCCUCAACCGAACCCUUUUCGAGGCGGAGCUCAAAGAGUUCUGGUCAGAGGAAAAGACUCCCGGCGACGACUGGCUUGCCCAAUUCCUGCUGGUCCUCUCCUUAGGGUGCCUGUGUCGCAACUCCAUCACCGAAGAGGGUAAUGGGGAUGAUAACACAGGGGGGCUAUAUAACACUUUACCCUCUCGACUCGUAAACGACGCUCAGAUAUGCCUUCGGAAGACACCGUUCAUGCUCCGGCCUACCCUCGCCACUAUCCGGACACUGUGUCUUACGGUCAUUGUCAAGCAGAUAUACGGCAUGUCGUGCCAUGAGUCUGAUACUUGUUGGCCGCUAAUGGGCACGAUUGUUAGACUCUCUAUUGGUAGGGGUCUCCACUUGAGCGCCGAUGCGGAUGGGAAAAGAUUAUGGGCCACAGUUCUGUACCUUGAUAUGAGACAGUCGCUUAUGUGUGGAAUGCCCCUUCUCCUGCCACCCGGAGAUAUAUCAACUCUCUCUCAUGGAAAGAACAUGGAGACUUCAAUUUCGGACGAUGGGGAGGUUAUGGGGAUUGGAACCAGUGCCAUUGACCGGAUAAUUUUGGGGAGCACAGGCUCUAUUUUACUCAGAGCUCUAGAACUUGCCACCUUCGCAGACGAGUCGGUCUCAUACCAACAGGUCAUGGAAGUCGAGUCCCGGCUCCGAAAUUACCUCCAACGACCAAUCGCCAAUUUCCAUACGUCUCAUUUCCAUCCCGUCGAAACAACUGGUGCAUCUCCACAUCACGACCUCGAGUCCUGCACCGUCGACAUAUUCCUCCGCCAAACGCUUCUCGCCUUAACCUCCCGCUUCGCCCUCCUCACCAACUCCUCGAUCCUCUAUCCAGCUUGCCACAUAUCCUCCCUCGAAAGCGCUCUGGCCAUCCUCUCCCACCAGCGUACCCUCCACGAAGUCGACCGCACGGCGGCGGCCUGGUUCGCGGGGCUCUUCCGGUUCGACUUUUUCACAGCCGCUAUGACUCUCUGCUGUCAACUGGUGCGGGAUGAUUCGGCGCUCGACGUGGCGAUCGGGGGAGAGUCGGCGCCCAGAGGGAUGGUGGUUGAGGCGUUGAGGUCGUGCAGGGAGUUAUGGAGAGGGGAGGGGGCGUUUUCGGUGUGUAAUGCGAGGGCUUUUGGCAUUAUUGACGAGAUUUUGGGUUUACUGGAGGAAGCACCAAGCGGCAAUACACGGAAAGUGGGAUAG